CAGCUCGUUUGGAGAGGCCGGUGAAGAAGACGUCAUGGCGACGGCAGCAGCUGGUAUUUCAGAGUGGAAGUAGUAGAAGGCUACCCCCACGCACCAAAGCUGUGAGGUGUUGGCCGGAGUUGGGGUCUGGUGGUCCUCUCCAGGGAACUCUUGCUGCUGCAAUCUGCAUCUUGGCUGCACACCCUGAAGCUGCUGUGAGGCGCAGACACAGUAAUCCAGAUCUACGACCUUAUAUGUCUGAGCUGAAACAAGCUGGAAUAGGAUUAUUUAAUAUUGCCAAAGGAUGGUGGCCAUUUUCAGGAUCUGUUGGUCAAUCAGAGGAAACAGCAGCCUCUCAGUUUUCUGUCAGGAUUGUUCUUCUGGGAAAGAGUAAAGACAAGCUGUCAAAAAUGUCCAACUUCAUUAUUGGAGAUGAUGUUUUCCAUUCACAGUCAUCAAACAAACAGUGUGUGACAACAUCUGGAGAAUGGAAUGGAAAAUCAGUUUUAGUUGUUAAAACUCCAGACCUGUUUGAGAUGAACGAGCAGAUGGUGAGAAGAGAGAUGAGCAGAUGCAGGAGUCUGAGCUUCCCUGGACCAAAUGUUCUGCUGCUGAUGGUGAAACCAUCUGACUUCACACAAGAAGAUGCAGAAAAACUGAACUUCAUCCUGAGUUUGUUUGGUCAGAAUAGUUUUCAACACUCCAUGAUUGUCUUCACACGCAAAGAAAAACAAACCAAAGUUCUAAAUGAGCUGCUACAGAAGUGUGGAGGAAGAAUGUACAACAUGUUGGACUUCCUGUGACGUCAUUUCCGGGUGAGCUAUUCCCAGUGCUAGUUGUGUGACUGCUGUCCUCUUGUUUGGCAUUAGCCUUACUACUAUUGCUUACUCUAA